AUGAGUUUCCAGUCGUUCGUGGACAUGAUGCAAGGAGGAGGAGGAGGAGGAUUUCAGCAGCAAAAAAGCACGACCUCUUCUUCUUCUUCUCCCUCGUCGGUGGUGGUGGAAACGAACGCGAUGAUACCUUUGCAAGCCGCUUCUGCGCAACAAAAUCAACAACAAAUAAAGACGAAUACGAACAAAAGAAAAUUUCUGAAAACGAGUCUCAUCGUCUGCGGAUGGUUCGCAUCGACGGUGCUUUUGAUUUCCUUCAACAAAAUCUUAAUGCGAGACGGGAGCAAGUUUCGAUUGCCGAUAUUUCUGACGUUCAUGCACAUGUGCGUGGCGUACGUGUGCUGCGAGAUUGUGCUGAGUUUCAAAGAGCGGAGUUUAGUCGUCGCUGCGUUUAAUAGUAGUAGUGGAAGUAGUGGAAGUAGUAGUGGAAGUAAUAAGAGUAGCAAUAGCGCUUUUAGAGUGAGCGCUCGACAGCAGUUGCAAUCGAACAGGCAGUUUUGGAAGAUUUUUGCCUUGAGUCAAACGUUCGCGGUGUCCAUCGUCGCCGCGGUGGCGUCUUUGGAGUAUUUGGAGGUGUCGUUCGAGCAAGCGAUUGCGGCGUGCACGCCGGCGGUCACGGCGUUUAUGGGGAUGGUGAUUUUACGGAAGAAAGAGCAUUGGCGGGUGUGGGCGAGUCUAACACCGGUUAUUUUGGGUGGGAUGGUCACCGCGGGUGCGGAGCCGACGUUUCACGCGAAAGGUUUGGCGUUAGUUUUGGCGAGCAUGGUCGCUAGAGCGACGAAGAGUUGUUUGCAAGAGUUGUUGUUGAGCAGCGCGGAAUCGGAAGGAGGCGUUAGUAAAGACGGAGUCGUCCAACAAUCGGAAAAGUUAGAUUCGUUGAAUUCGUUGCGAUGGAUGAGUUUAAUGUCCGUGUGCACGUUGCUUCCCGCCUCUGUUGAGUUCGAAGGCGUGUGCGCCAUCAAAGCCGCCUUACGAUCUGCUUACGAAGAAAACGAUUUAGCCUGGGCGCUCUGCGCCAACUGCGCAGGCGCGUUUUUAGUCAACAUCAGCCAAUUUUUAGUGACGCAACACGUCGGCGCGUUGAGCAUGCAAGUUCUCGGUAACGUAAAAACCAUAGUCACGGUUGUCUUUUCCGUGGUUAUAUUCAAAAAUGUCGUCGGUUUACGAUCCAUGCUCGGGUACGCGUUGACUUUAAUCGGAUGUUUCGUAUACUUGCGAGAGAAGCGAAGACGGGAGGCGAUUGAAAACAACAACAACAUCAACAACGAGCUCGUCGCACCUCUCGUCGGGAACACCGAAAACCAGGUUUAG